UCAGAGUUAUUAGGUAAUAUAUUGAGAGCGAACAUGGCUGCGCCCACAGGACCGAGAGGAUCAGCCCCCAGCCCGACCGGGUUUGAAGGUUUUCCGUUUGCAGUGGCCUCCAAACCACCGGAGGACAUCUCCGGUAAAGAGCAGGAGCAGACCGGGGGUGUGAAGAAGAAGCCAUGCAGGGCUUGUACGGACUUUAAAUCAUGGAUGAAGAUCCAAAAGACGACAGCUUCUGUACAGGAGACUGGAGCUGCAGAGUCUGAGCCACAACAAGACCCACAGUGUCCGCUGGACAGGGGAGAGUUGGGGCGUAACACCUGGUCCUUCCUGCACACUAUGGCAGCGUAUUAUCCCGAUCGUCCAUCUUCGACCCAGCAGCAAGAGAUGGGGCAGUUCAUCAACCUUUUCUCAAAGUUUUUCCCAUGUGAUGAAUGUGCAGAAGACCUCAGGGGCAGAUUGAAAACCAAUCAUCCGGACACCAAGAGUCGUCACGCUCUUUCUCAGUGGUUCUGUCAUAUCCACAAUGACAUCAACGUCCGGCUGGGAAAGCCUAAGUUCGAUUGCUCCCGCGUGGAUGAAAGGUGGAAAGAUGGAUGGAAAGAUGGCUCAUGUGACUGAGAGAUGUGAGGACUGAGAGGAGAAAUUCUUCCUGUCAGUGCAAAACUUUGAGUGGGAGCACCACAGAGUAGAGCUCACAUCACACGUAAUGAGAGAUAGGCCAGGCGAUACUUUUCACAUUCUUGUUUUGUGGUGAGUA